AUUUACAUUUCAUUUGACCAAAAAUCCUAUUACUCCACGUCACAACUCUUAUACUUGUGUCAUCUACACCCAAAGAUACAACAUACAAGAUCAGAAAAUCCAAAUUGACUUAUACUCAAAUAUAGAAUCACCAAUCAAAACCAUACAACUCAACACUUCUUCUCAUUUCAUCUUAUCCUUACAAAAUCUUCCAUACACCAAUAACUUCUGCUCUUAACCCUUAUCAGAAUCUAAAUCCCACCUCUCCUUUCUCCUUAUUCAUCACUUAUUCUCUCAUUUUUCCUCUGAUCAUUUCAUAACCAUCAUGUCUUUAACAAUCCCCACUAACCUCUACAAACCAUUAGCUACCAAACCAAAGUUUCCUCAAUCAACACAAUCCAGAAAUGCAUCAUCUUUCAUAGUAUGCAGCACCAACCAACAAAAUGACAAUAAGACCCUCGAGUUCGCCAAGGCAGGUGCUGCCGCCUUGGCCCUCUCGUCGAUCCUCCUUACAUCAUCAACCAUAUCCCCUGAUGCAGCCAUGGCUGACAUUGCAGGACUAACACCAUGUAAAGAAUCCAAACAAUUCGCUAAACGGGAAAAACAGUCAUUGAAGAAGCUUGAAUCAGCUCUAAAAAAGUAUGAUCCUGAGAGUGCACCAGCUUUAGCAAUCAAAGCUACAAUGGAGAAGACUAAAAGGAGAUUUGAUAACUAUGGAAAGUACGGGCUUUUAUGCGGGUCAGAUGGGCUUCCACAUUUGAUUGUGAGUGGUGAUCAAAGACAUUGGGGUGAGUUUAUCACACCUGGGAUAUUGUUCUUGUAUAUUGCUGGUUGGAUUGGAUGGGUUGGAAGGAGUUAUUUGAUUGCAAUUAGAGAUGAAAAGAAACCAACACAAAAGGAGAUUAUUAUUGAUGUUCCUUUGGCUUCUAGACUUCUUUUUAGAGGUUUUAUUUGGCCUGUUGCUGCUUAUAGAGAGUUGCUUAAUGGUGAACUUAUUGAUAGUAAUGUUUGAUUUACUCAUGAUUUGUUAAAAUCAUGUAUUAUAUUGUUUAUUUUUGGAAAAAAAAAAUAAUGUGUAUGUAUUCUAAAUUAUGAUCAGAAAUACUCCCAUUGGAAAUUUGAUGUGA